GCCAGUGGUUGGGGCCACCAUAUCAUGACGACCACUACCCGUACCGGUGGCAUUGAAGGCGGCGGCGUUGAUUUUUCCGGCCACGUUCCGGCGAAGAAGCCCCCGAGAAACAAAUAUGCACUGGCCUGCUCUCUUUUAGCUUCCCUCGCUUCCAUCUUGCUUGGCUAUGAUAUUGGGGUGAUGAGUGGAGCCGUGAUAUACAUCAAAGAAGACCUUAAGAUAACGGACGUCCAAGUGGAGAUCCUCGCCGGGAUACUCCACGUCUUCUCCCUCAUUGGAUCCGCCGCCGCCGGGCGGACCUCCGACUGGAUUGGCCGCUGCUACACCAUUGUGGUGGCCUCCGUGAUCUUCUUUGCGGGGGCCAUCCUCAUGGGUUUCGCCGCCAAUUACACUUUCCUCAUGGCGGGCCGCUUCGUCGCCGGCGUCGGAGUGGGGUACGCGCUCAUGAUUGCUCCCGUUUACACCGCUGAGGUGUCUCCGGCGUCCUCACGUGGCAAACUCACCUCCUUCCCCGAAGUUUUCAUCAACGUCGGUAUUUUAUUGGGAUACGUGUCCAACGUUGUAUUCUCGAAGCUCCCGCUUCAUCUGACGUGGCGAUUAAUGCUCGGCGUUGGGGCGAUUCCGUCAAUCUUCUUAGGUUUCAGCGUCCUGACCAUGCCUGAGUCGCCCCGUUGGCUCGUCAUGCAAGGGCGACUCGGCGAAGCCCAAAGCGUAUUGAACCGGACAUCUGAUACCCUGGAGGAGGCACAACUGAGGCUCGCCGACAUCAAGGAAGCUGCCGGAAUACCGGAACACGUCAGAGACGACGUGAUUCCGGCAACCAAAUGUCCGAAGGGCGCCGGCGGAGAGGGGGUGUGGAGAGAACUGUUCAUAUCUCCGACUCCUGCCGUCCGCCACAUACUACUCAUUGGGGUCUGCUUUCACUUCUUCCAGCAAGCUACCGGGAUCGAAACCGUGGUUCUGUACAGCCCGAGGAUAUUCGAGAAGGCCGGGAUAGAGUCCGACCACAACAAAUUGCUGUGCACGGUGGCCGUCGGAUCCAUCAAAACUCUGUUCAUAUUGAUUGCAACAUUCACUUUGGACAGAUUCGGGCGUCGGAAGUUGCUGUUGACGAGCAUCGGCGGCAUGGCGGCGUCAAUGGUGUUUCUGGCCAUAGGGUUGACGGUGGUGGACCACACAGACCACAAGGUGACGUGGGCCCUGGUGCUGAGCAUCACGAUGGUGCUGUCCUACGUGUCGUUCUUCUCCAUGGGAAUGGGGCCCAUCACGUGGGUGUACAGCUCAGAGAUAUUCCCGCUGCGGCUGAGGGCCACCGGGUGCAGCGUCGGAGUGGCGGUGAACCGCACGAUGAGCGCGGGAACAUCCAUGACGUUCAUAUCACUGUACAAAGCCGUCACCAUCGGCGGCGCGUUCUUCUUGUACAGCAGCGUCGCCGUCGUCUCGUUCGUGUUUUUCUACACGUUGAUGCCGGAAACCAGAGGGAGAACUCUUGAAGAAAUGGAGUCUCUGUUUGGGAGUUUCUUCAGGUGGAGGUCCACUCUGAAAGAGCUGGAUAACUAUGAAGCCGCCACCACCGCGAAGAAGGCGGCUAACCUGCCGCAGCAGGUUCAAAUGUCGAGCUCCAAUGAUGAACAGCGGCAGUCUGGAUAAUCUUAAUGACAUAUACGUAGUAGUUUGUUGAUCGGUCGAAAUGACCACAAUAUAGUUUUUUGUUGUUGGUUCAUUUCGGCCGAUCAUAUCAAACUAAUAUGAAAUAGGUGGCUAGGAGAAUUGGUUCUUAUUAUUAUGAUGAUAGUAUAAUAUAAAUUGUGCUUUUUAUUUGUAAAUGGGGAUUUUGAUGUCCCCAAUUCAAUGCAAUCAUAUGCACAUAUACAACUAUAUUAAGCUGAAAAAAUAAAUUAAACAGGAAGGAUCCUU